GGGAGACUUGAAACCUUACUUGGAACCAUUAAGUAUAGUUAGAUUUCGAUUUUCUUUCUGACAUUGAUGAUGCUUGUACCUUGCUUUGCAUUAAUAGCCAAUAGUGUUUUGUGAUUUGUUGUCAUCGACUGCUUUGAUGUCAAACGGUGCGUCUCACAUGCAACCACAACUCAUCAUUAUGUCUCAGACCUCGAAAAUAGACAGGAGAUUUUCAUUGAGAUGUUGAAGUGUCAGAUUCAGAUGAUGAGAAGUGUUUACCUGUUGUUGUCACUUACCAAAUGCAAGAAUUUCAAAAUCAGCUGAAAAACCUCCUUCAGACUGUGCCUAUCAAAUACCAGGAACAUGGAUCCAUUUGCCUACUGAGGUUGUGCGCCAUGUCCCCUAGCAACUAAGUCGCAGGGGACAUAAUCAAUAGGAAUACGUGGGUGCGUAUUUAAUUUGUUGCAAUAUAAAAUCUACAUGAUGUAGUCUUUCGUUCGUGUAUCAGACUAUCAGUGGAGUUAUUCUGUAUUAAAAAGAGUCAAGUUUGGAACGAUGAACGAAACGUUUUUCAGUGAUACAUUUAUACUGUUCUUUGGGUGUAACACUAAUUAUUGGCUAAUCUAGGGGAAGGGAUACAAAGCCUGUACUCUUAGUUGAGAGUCUGCCUUGCCUUUGUACUUCAUCUGCCUUAGAGCGGGUACACACAUUCAGUGAAUGGCCUGGUUACAGAGGUUUCGACAACACCCUGUGAAGGUUUGAAUGAAUCAAUGAAGUUUGAGUCAUCAAUGAAAGCCUAUACUAGUGUGACUAUACAGAAAGAGAGAUGAUGCGAAAUUAUAAUAAGACGUGGGUCCUAGUACUGGUCGGUUUCUGUCUUGGGUGGUUAUCAACGUACAUUUAUUAUAAUGGUGCAAUGGAUUCCGUUGUGAAAUUGAACCAGAGACGCAUUGCAUCAGCUCUCAGCAAUAUUCCGAAUGUCUACACCCCAAGACCACAUAAAGAUCUGAAUAUUCCGAAUGUCUACACUCCAAGACCACAUAAAGAUCUGAAUAUUCCGAAUGUCUACACCCAAAGACCACAUAAAAAUCUGUCUACGAAGCAGUUUCCUGUACACGAGAUCCCAACAACUAAGCGCUACAUGGAGGAUAAUAAGUCGGGAAUUGUAUUUAGCAGAAAUAUGACCAUGUGGAAAAUACAGCCCGGAAUGUGUAGCACAAACACUACUGCCUUCCAUCGAGCCGUUUUACGGACAUCCGUGGGGUCCACGCCUAUAUUUAUUUAUGAUCCCAAAAAUGAUAUAUGGGUGAGUGGACACAUAGUGAAAUACGGCAAUUGGGAAGGAAAACACAUAGAUUUGAUUAUAGAUUUACUAAAGCAGGAUCCAGAAUUGCAGUUUUUAGACAUUGGUGCUAAUGUGGGUGUAUUUGCCCUCCCGGUCGCCCUUUUUGGAAGGCGUGUGUUAGCGAUAGAUGCUCUCGCCAUGAACAUACAGCGAUUAUGCUCUUCUGUGAUUGUAGGAAAUUUUAGCGAUCGGAUUAAGAUUGUAUACAAUGCUCUUUCGGAUGUGCACGAACUGGUUUCACUGGGAAAGGACAAUAACAAUGUCGGUGGCACAUUUGUGGCGAAGGAUAAAAAUUCCAACAAAGUGAGAGGCAGCAAUAUUGUAGGAAACUAUGGAACUGUACAGACGAUCACAUUAAAUAAUAUCUUAUCUCUACCAAAUUUCGACUUUAAAAAAGUUGUCAUUAAAAUUGACGUUGAGGGUUAUGAAAAUAGAGUUUUCAAAGGUGCCGAACAGUUUUUCGAUAAUGUGAAUGUACAAGCGGUAUUAAUGGAAUGGAUGUGGCUUAAAACGGGAAAUGCUGGUCAGGAAAUUAUAGACUUCAUGUUACGUAAAAAUAUGGAACCACACAUACCAGACAAAUUACCCAACCCGCUUCCUGUUGAUCGUCGAGCAAAUUGGCCGAACGACGUUUUAUGGAGGAAAAAACUGUAAUAAAAAGUAAUUUAAUACCUAUCUUGUGUGUUUCAAGAUUCUUUAAAUCCUCUAGAAAAAAAAAAUGUAAGUACCUAUGCUGUUUUAAUGUAUUCCAUUUCUCAAUAUAAAAUCUUAUAUAUUACAAAAUUA